AGGCCUGAAAUGGUGGCUUUUUGUUGGACGGCUUGUUUUUGCAGGCAGAAGGCUGGCCUGAGUUUUUAGUCAUCCAUCAUUUCCAUUCAUUGUUCCAUUAUCAAUAAUUAGCCACCGGGUUGAAUAGAAGCAUUCCGCCCCCUGUGUUCAAAGCAUCCAUCAUGGCUCUCUCAAAUAAGACAUCCAGCAUCGCUAUGGCCCUUGCUGCUGGUAAGACCGCUUCGGUUGACAUCCCCAAGCCUCGCCCCGGCUUUCCCAUGGGUAGUCGCGACUUAACUCGCCCCGGGGCUCCUGCUUUGUUGCCUACACCGCCCAACUCUAUAUCGCCAACUUUGCCGCCUCAGGGGUUUCGACGCGAGCAUGUUGGUCAGUCGGGCUAUUCUCCGCUUGCCUCCUCGCAUGUGGACUCCGAUGUCGAUCUGGGAGAUGCGAGGGCGAACAACCUCGUUGCUCAUGACUUUGAUAUCACCGGAGCUAUCACACCUGGAAUGCUGGCCAAAUGCCAUCUUCCGGAGAUCAUGUUGCAGCACGGUCCCUUGGCCAUUCGCCAUCUGAUGGGCUAUUUGACAUCCUCUGUUCCCGGCUUCUCGAUGAUUCCCCCCGCCAAGGCGCGGAGACUGGUUGUGGCCGCGCUCGAGGGCCGAGGGUCUGAUGAGAAAGGCGCUGCGACUAAAAGCAAUGUGAUCUUCGAGAAGGUUGGAUGGGGUCGCUGGGAUGCACGGCGCCGUGGUGAGCCGUUGCGAAGAGAUGCGCAACGUAUGAACAUGUCGCCACCCUCCAGUCCCUCAGACACAUUCUCUCAGCGGGGCAUGCAGAUUCCCACCAAGCGGGAUAGUCUCCAGCCCUAUGGUACCAGCGUGGCGGGUGAUUCCGCCGUGUUCUCCUAUUCGACCGAAAUGGAGUUUGGCCGUCCCGAUAGCAGCAUGCUAGAAGACGAGGCGGACAAGAUGUCUCUCGACGGGGAUGAACGCGAGUACUGUUCAUCAUCCGAGGCUCCCGACGACGAAAUGCCGAUUGAAGACUGGGGCGAGGAAGAUGUGACGGAUGAGGAAGAUUGGGCACAGAUCGGUGCUGAUGCACUCCGUGCGCGAUCCCUCAACGCCACGGGCGGGCUCGUUCCCGGCAACGGCAGGUCGCCCCGAUUCCGGGGAGGAGGGCCGGCACCCUCUUCACUAGCCAAAUCCGCCCCGCGCAAUUUACCCGUUCAACAACUCGGGUUUAAUCCUCCUGACGGUCUCAUGAACGACGGGGAUGAGCGCGCUGCAGCUGCAGCUGCAUUGUUACGACUUGGAUCGAUGUGAUGUGAUUCGCGAUCAAUCGCCAUUGGUGAUCCACUAGGGUCC